AUGCCACUGCCUCGGACCGACGUCACCGAGGUCCAGCGCCGCUACAACGUUGCGAUCCCGCUGAACCGCGUCACCAGCUCCACGCUGACCCCGCUGAACGUCGACGCGCAACAUCCCCACAGACAACCACCCUUAGCGUACGGGCUGAGCGCGCAACUGCAGAAGCGCGCGGCUGAAGAGUCGGCGAGCGCCACUCCAGCCACGCUGCGGCUCGACAGCGAAGCCACCGACUCCAGCGGGCUCUCACCCAACAGUGACGCAACCCCGCGCCCAACCUCCACCGACAUGAGCCGCCGACAAAUUCAGAUGCAACGUGCGGGUGGGGCGGCGGAUGUGGCCGCGCAGCAGUUGGCCGAUGUGUGGACGGAGAGUGGCUACAGGCGACGGUUUUAUGAGGUAAGCUUGGAAUUCUGUUUUUGUCCAAAAUACUCAUAUGUAAAACGCAUAGUAUAAAAAUCAUCGGCUCUUUCGUAAAAACAUCUAAACUACUUCAACUGCGACGCUCAGAUUUUGAUGGAACAUUGCAAAAAUUAAAAAAUUUUUUUAUAUAAAAUUUAUGCGGGGAUCCUAGCUCGCGCUUUGCUGAAACAACCGAGAUUUUUAGAUCGAAAGUUGGCUAAAAUUUCACAAUUUUUUCGAAAUUUGACACAAAAAGUUUCAUAUAUAUUUCUACUGUAAAGGGUAAUGUUUCCACUCUGACCGCUCUCUGCGUUUAGUGUAUCCUCUACUUCUUUCUAUUCUUACAAAUUUUUAUAUCUCACUGCCCAUUCACUCAAGGGGACUUCUUCAUAUUUCCAUGUCUUUGCGACGGCGCGUUUGCCGCACUUGGCCGAAAGGGAGAGGUUACUGCGCACCUGACCUUCUUUUCAGCCAAUUUAUCCGCGCAUUUCUUCGGAUCCACAAUUAGGGAAGCGAAGAUGAGUUGAAGAAUUAUGCUCUUUGUUUUUACCGGCCAUAAUUGGAGAGUAAGCCAAUUUGAAGGGGAAGUGGCGAGGUCAAGGCUGGUCAAUCUUUCCAGGGAUGUUGCAAAAUGCCAAUGGAUUGUUUUUUCAUUUUUUUCAUUUUGACUUCACAAUCCGUUGACUGAAAUUGCCAUGCACUGAAAAAAAAAAUUUCCAAUUUCGACGAUCAGAUGUUUUUAUCGGUCUGUCGGGAAAAUAAUGAGCACUCUGUCGCAUCGAAAAUCGGAUCACUGAAAAUGAAUUGUCUCGCGGCAAAAUCAAAUUGCUUCUCACUUUAGCCACGCGAUCGGCAACAUUGCACCCAGUAUUUUCCCGACAGACAAGUAAAUUUUUUGCUCAAUUUGCACUAGACUGCAUAUCAAUUCUUGAAAAUUUUAGCUCACGCUUUGCAGGCACAGCCGAGAAAUUCGACAAUUUUUGCGAGCGGUAGAGCACGGGGAAUGCGGAGAGUGGUCAGACAGAAAAAAUUUUUUUGGCCGUAUUUUUGUCAGAUUUGUGCGGAAGAAAUUGAUUUUUCUGCGGAAAUAUUAUUAGGUUGAUGCAUAAUUAUCCGGCGGUUUUAUUGGCGCAUUUUUUGUUUGUUAAAAUUCGCGUUUUGUUAACUUUUUUUCAUAAAAAUAAUCUUCUCGGUUUAUUUAAUAAAAUGCGUGUCGAAAACCAUACUCAUAUUCGCCAUACUUCCUAAAAAAAACUGUUCUAAAUUCGCGCCAAACUCAAUCAAAACCUGAGUGUCGCCUUUGGAUCAGAUCCCUCAUAAAACGAAUGUCCGAAAACCCGGAGGUUUGUUCAUGUGCGACAUUGAUUUUUCGCUUUCGCUUUUUUUAAUUCCGUCUCUAAACCAUCACCAUUAUAAAUCCGCUGGGGGGGAUUGAACCAAUUUACGCGAUCUACACUGUCGAUCGGUUUUACCUCCCGUUUUCUCUUUCGAUCGCCAAAAAAAGGUCGGUCAUUCUCGACCUUUUCAUCCGCGCGCCUUCAGUGUUUGCCCAAUGCCAAAAUCACCUCUUUGUUUUGGCUUUUGAUUUUUCUUGGCGUUAUUGUUUCAUUCAAAUUUCUUACAAAAGCGGGGUCCAGUUUUUACAGCUUUCGCUUGAAUAGAAGUUGUUUUUUUGUGUGGGCAAAUAAACGGAGGGGGUUUUAUUGGCAACAGCCCCCUUUAUGUUGGCGAUUUUUGGUCGAAAAAGCGGUUUCGCAAAGACUUGUUGAUAUCAACGCGUUGCAACGUCUUUUAUGGGAUCUUUUUAUGGCGUGGGAACAUUUUUGACUUCCUCAAGCUCAUUGCUUGCUGUUUUAUGCUGAUUUUUUGAAAAUUAUAUUGUUAAAAAAGCCCUCAAAUUAUCUGUAACCACGUCAAAUGACUCUACCAUAAUACUAAAAUUCCCGAGAGCAUUUUUUACACUAAUUUAAUGAUCUGAAAAUGAAUUCGAAACCACUGAAACAGCCGUAAUUUUUGCGGUUUUAUUAACAUGCCGAUGGAUCACCCGUCCGUUGGAAUUUUUCCGCUAUUCCGAUUUGUCUUUGAAUUCGUCAAAAAAAACGAACCCACUUUUUUCAGUUUUCUGCGUUAAGGUGAAGGUGAUUUCGUGGGAUUUCCGUGCUGAAAUAUCACUGAAUCUAGACGAUAGCUUGAUUGUAGGAGUUUGCAAUGCGUGAAGGCGGGAAUAUUCAGAAUUCUCAGAGCUCUCAGAACCCGUCAAGAGCGCCGUCGGUCACCUUUUCUCAGGUAACGUCUAUAGGUCCGGAUUUUUGUUACAAUUUGCACAUAUGACUUGAUAUGCGGCCUAUCAGGUAUAGGCCACAUAUCAAGUCAUAAAAAUCUUAGCUCGCGCUUUGCAGGAAAAGCCGAGGUAUUAAACGAUCUUUGCGGCCGAGAGAGUACGCCAAACGGUGAGCGGUUAAAGAGAAAAACAAUUUUGGCCAUAACUUUGCUAGUUUUGUGCGGGAAAAAAUUCUUUUUUGUGGAAAAAUAACCCUUUAUAUUAGAAAUACACAUGAAACUUUUCGUGCCGAAAUUCGGCAAGAAAUGUCAAAUUUUAGCCAAUUUUCGGUCUAAAAAUCUCGGUUGUUUCUGCAAAGCGCGAGCUACGAGUCUCGCCUGUGUCUUCGAAAAAAAAUAAUCUAAAUUUGUCUCAAGUUUCAUCAAAGUCUCAGUAUCGCGCUUGGAAUACUUCCCCUAUUAAUAGUCCUUUCACAAAUCGUUUCCGUAAUUCCCAAAAACCCCUCUCGCCAGUGUCCUUCAGCCCCGCAGCAAUUAUCCAAUUCCUCAAUUUUCACUGUUUUUGCCCUUUUGUCUUGCGAGCCGUCAAACACUCCUCCAUCCUCCUCCUCCCCCGUCUUCUGAUUGAAAGCAAAUUUGACAGCGGCCAAGGUCAGCGCGGUUAAAGGCGCCAUGCCGCACCUUUUGAGGGCUAGGUAACAGCGCUGGGGCGACGAUUGGCUUGCUGAGUCCAUUCCUCGACGGGUUGUCACAUUCAGCCGGGUGAAUUACUCCGAAAAAACGAGGUUAAAAGAGGUCGGCGAACGGUUCGAACGGGUCGUGGGAAAUCCAGGAAUAGUUGGCUGUUUGAGGUGCGCGGGGCUGAAGGCUUGACGAGCUGUUGUUUUGCCAUGUUUGACUUGUCCAUUUCUCCCAAAGACGUAAGUUGGGAGGGCUGAAAAAUCUUCUUAAUGUCUAAGGACUCAAGAUGUCUCCAAAAUUUAAGCAGAGCCCAAAAAUGGCAGCUAGUUUCAAGAGAUCUUCUUCUGUCUCUAACUUAGCGAAUCUAGCCCCCCCUCUCUGACGCAAUUACCACUGUUUACUCUCGUUCCAGAAGAAUCAACAUAUUCCGUACGAUGAGCAGAGUCAUUCGGAUCGCUCGCCUCCCUCCGAGCGUCAACAAAAGUAUGGCCAGUCGCUGAAGCGGUCGCCCAACAGUCAGCCGCGACAAAUGGACGUGGGAAGUUUGGCGGCGCCCAGCUCGCAGUUCAGUCCGUCCGAGCUGUCGGACAGUGUGGCCGAGAACCAGAGACGGUAAGGGGUUUUGUCACCGCAUAAAAUCAAACCUAUUUUAUCAAACUUCCUUUUCGAAUUUUCGGUUUUGAUGGAUCACAUCAACCCCUAACCUAGUUCCACUUCUUUCGACGAGCCAUUUUUUGAUCCAUUUAGCGAUAAUUGAUUAUUAUUAUUCGUCGAUUAAAUCGUCGGAGAAAAUGAUUGCCGAAAAAGCCCGUAACGAAACGAGUGUUGCACAUAGAAAUCAACAAAAAAAAACAAAUUCGCAUACAAAACUAAUGUGUUUUCAGCGGUUCGCGAGGCUCACAACAAAUCCGCCAAAGCAUGUCUCAGUACGAUUUGACGGCCGGCGCAAUGGCUGUCUACAAUCCAGUCGAGCAUCAGAUGAUGAUGCCGCCGCCUGCACAUCCCAUGAUGAGUCAUGCUCCGAGUAUGGGGCAGCUAUGGUAGGUUAAGUUUGGCUCAUUGUCAGAUGGGUGUAGACGUUAGAAUCAAUAGCAAAAAGGUCAACUGAGGCUUGGAGCUCCAACUUAGAUUUAAAAAAAAAAACCAAGCAGACAGAUCCGAUCAGAUCGCGCCAUUUUUUUUAUUAUAUUUACCGAUAACUUCGCUCUCACUAUGCGAGCGGACAGAGCUCUAACGCUUUCCUAUUCAAAUGUCAUUAAAGCUAACUUUUUAACAUGCCUCAAUCGCGUUAGCAACCAAAAUAUCAAACAAAUUUCUCAUUUUUCCAUGUAUCAUGGUCUGUCGGGAAAAUAAUGUGGAUUUUUCUCAGCAAAAUCUUUCAUCUCGCAGCAGUAGCGCACCAAAUUUAUAGCCGCGGCUAGCCGUCGCAAAGCGAUGAUUAGCGAUUCCAAGACGCCUGGAAUCCACAUUAUUUUCCCGACGGACUCCACAUCUCCUUUCUUUUUUCGAUGCGAUUUUUGUAGGAAAAGAUUGCUCAUUAUUUUCCCGACAGACUGAUACUUAUCUUCCAGUUUGCCCACUCAUAAAAAUACCCAAAAUUUUUUCUUCAUUUUGUAAUCCUUUUAGGUUCCCACCUCCACCACCACCAUUUACCCCAUACUACUACGCCCCAACAUUGAGUGCGACCCCAUUGACCGCCGACUCGAAGACCCUCCGGAAAGCCAUGAAGGAGGCCGCCAAACUGGAGGAGAAGCAUCAAAUGGCGAUGAACGGGUACGUGAGGACGGAGUCGUUUUGUUGCGACGGAGUGGCGCAAGUCCUUUGGGCCGUCAUCUGCAUCACAUUCCUUGGGCUGGCGUUGGCGUUGGUCUUGGCGUUGUACGUGUUGACUCCGAAUUAA